UUGUCUUUUCUCUCUCUAAUCUUCUUCUUCUUUGGUGGGUUUCGAUUUUUCUUUCUUUGUUCUUCACUGCAAAGUAAAAAACCAGCUUGAGAGAGAAAGAGAAAGAGAGAGAGAGAGAGAGAGAGAAAUGGCUAUGGAGAAUCGAGACACGGGCGAUCAGUUGGCGCCAUAGCCGGCAUUGGUCUGGUCCCAAUGGGGAAGGUUGAGGAAGAGCAGAUUCUGCCUUCCACCGUUCCUUCCUCCGAUUCGUCGGAGCAGCGAAAUGUAGUGAAUAAUCGGUGCUGUUUCUGGUGUCGCCGGAUUCGUAGGUUCGUCGGACUGAAAUGCGUCUUGGUUCUGUUGCUCUCGGCGGCGGUUGUCCUCUCAGCCAUCUUCUGGUUGCCGCCGUUCCUUCAGUUUGCGGAUCGGGGCGAUCUGGAUCGGGAUUCACCGUUCAAAGAUCACGAUAUAGUAGCAAGUUUCGACCUUAUGAAGCCAGUUUCUUUGCUCCAAAACAAUAUCUUGCAGCUUGAGGAAGACAUUUUUGCAGAAAUAAACAUUCCCUCCAAAGUGGUUGUCUUGUCUCUGGAACCCUUACGAGAACCGAACAUAACAAGAGUUGUAUUUGCAGUUGAUCCAGAAGAAAAAAAUUCAAAGUUGUCUGAAACAGCUGAAAGUCUGAUAAGGGGAUCUUUUAAAGUUUUGGUUACACGCCAGACAUUUCUUCACCUGACCCCUUCUUUGUUUGGCGAUGCAUAUUUUUUUGAGGUGCUAAAAUUUCCAGGAGGAAUCACGAUAAUUCCCGUUCAGAGUGCUUUUCUUCUGCAGAAAGUGCAAAUCCUUUUCAAUUUUACUUUAAAUUUCUCCAUCUAUGAAAUACAAGUAAAUUUUAAGGAACUGACAAGGCAACUGAAGUUGGGGUUACAUCUAGCAUCUUAUGAGAACUUGUAUGUUAGCUUAUCAAACUCCAGAGGUUCAACAUUAGAUGCCCCGACCAUUGUUCAGUCCUCUGUUGUACUGGCUGUUGGGAAUACGCCUUCAACGCAAAGGUUGAAGCAGCUUGCUCAAACCAUUACAAGUCGACACUCAAAAAACCUUGGUCUGAAUAAUACUGUAUUUGGUAAGGUCAAGCAAGUCCGGCUUUCAUCUAUUAUGCAACAGUAUCUUCAUGGUGGUGAUGGUAGCUCACCUGCACAGUCACCUUCACCUGCUUCUCUUCCUCAGCCCCACCACCACCACCAUCACCAUCACCACCACCAUCAUCACCACCAUGGUGCCCAGCUUGCUCCUGCAAUUUCGCCAGAGCCUGCAACCAAGGGAGGUUCACCUGCAACUCAAAAUAGUGUGCCUUCACCUCAGGAUGGUGCACCUACCCCAGCGAGAAGUUCACCUCCUCCUGAGAAAAGCUAUGUAGCAAAGCCACCUGGUUGCCAUUUGGGCUAUAGGUCUAAAGGGGAAGAGAGAAAGCGUCCUCACUUGGCUCCUGCUGUUGCACCAUCAAAACCAAAUGCAUCUCCUCACCAGCCAGCUGCCUCACCGCACAAGCAAGUAGCCCCAUCAAAACCCAUCUCCAACCCUGUUCCAGUUUCCAGCCCUUUGCCAAGUGUAGUUUUUGCUCAUGUUCAGCCCCCAUCAAAGAGCAAACCAGAUAAAGAACAUUUUGACACGAGGCCAGCAGUUGCACCACCAACCCCUUCUACAUCUUCUGCAGGUUCUCUUCCCACUGUUCAAUUCGCAGUUUCACUGUUGCUUGCUCUUGUAUUACAUUUAUAACCAAAGAGGAUAAACAAUCUGUUUUCUAGUUAAACCCACUAGUCUGUUUUCGAGGAAGACUCAACUGUAUCAUUUCCAACCGGAUCUAGUGGAGUUUCUGUAACUGUGAACUACUCAAAAGGGUGUAGCUUCACAUCUGAGUGGAUGUAUGUUGUUCCUAUGUGUGUAAAUAUUGAUUAAAAUCCCAGCCAGCAAAUGCAUAUUUGGGUCAAAGUCACAGAGGUGGCAGGCCUUUGGUUAAAUGCAUUGCUGCUGUUUUGUGUAUUCUCUUCGGAAGAAAUGUAAGAGGAAGAAACGAACAGAUAUCUUAUGAUACUUUUUUGUU